UGCAGGGAAUCCCCGCCUAGUCUCUGCCAGAUAAAAGUUGAGACCAAUUUCCUCAUUACUGUAUACUGGACAUGGCAGAAGCAUCUACAGCCCGCAAGAAAAAGGUCGGCAACAAAGCACACCGAAAACGACAACAUGCCAUGCCUGUACAGAUUGAUAAACUUGCCUUUGAAUAUAUUGAAGGAAACAAAGCUGAACUUGUGGGUUUGCUGUCCAAGGACGCUGCAAGGAUUCUGGAAAAAGCCUGUUCUAAAAACCUGGUUACUCCAGAAGAGUGCCACUGGCUCAAGAUAAGCAAAUAUUCCUGGGAUAAAAAAAUGUGCGAAGUGGUAGAGCUGAUAAGUCUUAGGGAAAAAUCAUUACAGUUCCUACAGAUGCUGGCAGAAGUUUAUGGAAUGGAGUAUCAAAAAAAGUAUAAAUGGAUCACUUCACUCUUAGACUUACCAGGGCUUAAGUCAACAACAGAUGGCUCUCCCAUGGAAAAAAGCAACUGCUUUGUCAAACCCUGUCCUCCUGAAAGAUUCAGCAGCAUCAUUGAAAGUCAAGCUGGAGAGAUUUACCACAUCAGAAAUAAAACCAACAGGACCCGCCUAGCACUUAUAAUUAACAACAUUAACUUUACAUAUCAAAAAAAGCGCUUGGGAAGUGAUGUGGAUAAUGAGGCGAUGAAGACACUACUAGAAGCACUGGAUUAUCAAGUGGAAGGGCACGCUGAUCUGUCUGCUGAGGAAAUGGAAACCAAACUAACAGAGUUUUCUAGGCGUGAAGAACACAAGACCUCAGACAGCACCUUUAUUGUCCUUAUGUCCCAUGGCACUGAAGAGGGGAUAUGUGGAGUAAAUUAUGACCAAGAACGUGACCCACAGGACAUACUCACCACCAAUACAAUUAGUAGGAUCUUCAACAAUAAGAGCAGUUUGAAUCUGGUUGGAAAACCCAAGAUCUUCAUCAUACAGGCUUGUCGAGGAGUAAAUUGCGGCUAUGUCAUGAUCCCAAAUUUGCAAGGAGGCUGUCACCAGCAACCUGAAUAUCAUACAGAUGCACCUUUGAACAAAUUUCACAGGGAAAGUGACCUGAUCUUUUUCUGCUCCACCACCCCAGAAAAUAUGUCUUAUAGAAAUCCUAAGACCGGAGCUUUAUUUAUUAAAACGUUGGUUGAUAUAUUUCGGAAAGAAUCAUGGAAUUUUCACAUUGAGGAUCUGUUUAAAAAGGUCCAACGCGCCUUUGUUAAUUUUCCCUCCCAGCUGCCAUGCAGAGAACGGACAACACUCAUUAAAGACUUUUAUCUCUUCCCUGGACACUGAGACACUUUUAACCGAGUCCACGGCACACAUUUCUCCUUUGCAUACGAGGAGCGUAAAGACAAUGCAGCACAAGGAAUUCUUCGGUCACUUUUUGCGAAGUUCGGGCAACGAAAUCUGAGCCGUCAUCAUUGAAGCUACUUCGAAAACAACAACUGUGAAAAUGUC